AUGUUUAUCGAAAUCGUUAAACUGAACAUGUUGCGUGGAAUUGCGUCACGGGUGGGACUGAAACGCUUCUCUACGAUUCAAGCCACUCAUCAACCUCCCGUUCGGGGAAACAACAAUCAGGACCGGCUCUGGUCGGAAAGGCGCCUGCAACACCCAACAAAAGUGCCCCAAAAACCGCAUGGGACCUUCUUAGUGAGCAAAAGUGGAGGUGAAAAAGGAGCUGCAUCAAUAAUCAUCGAUCAACAAACGGUUCGGCUUUUAGAACGGUUAUCGCUAGUGGAUCUGGACAGCAGCGAGGCUCUUCAAACGCUCCAAGACUCUAUUGAGUUCGCUUCGCGCAUCCUACCUAUUGAAACCGAGGGUGUAGAACCGCUGUAUUGUGUGCUAGAGAAGGAAAAAUUGGUACUGAGAUCUGAUACUGUUUCUGAUGGCGACUGCCAAGCAGAUAUUUUGCGGAACGCGUCCCUAACAGAAGAAGAAUAUUUUGUAGCACCACCCGGAAAUAUUCCCCUCGACCAGCACGAACAAGCAUAACUUUAGAUUCCAUCAUUGCAUCAUCUUUGGUUCCCUUUAC